AUGCGACUCAUCAAUACCACGACACUCGAGGUCGAAGAAUUCUUUGAUGUCUCCAUUCCAGAAUAUGCUAUCUUAUCACAUACAUGGGGCGACGGUGAAGUCUCACUGCAAGACUGGGCUGAUCGCAAGAACCGUCGCUUCAAGCCCGGGUUCCAGAAGAUCGUCUGGGCCUGUACUCAAGCUGCUAAGGACCAGCUAAAUCACGUAUGGGUGGAUACCAACUGCAUCGAUAAGAGCAGCUCUGCAGAGUUGUCUGAGGCUAUUAAUUCCAUGUUCAGAUGGUACCGACGAUCUGCUGUCUGUUAUGUAUACUUGGAGGAUGUCCCUGCCAUGACCUUGGACGAAUGCACCAAGCCAGAUAGUGCAUUUAGGAAUGCAAGAUGGUUCACAAGAGGCUGGACCCUCCAGGAAUUGAUCGCUCCGCCGAAUGUCAGUUUCUUCUCCAGCAACUGGACCAUGAUAGCCACAAAGUCCGAGCUGGCACCUUGUAUCACUGAGAUCACAGGCAUUCCUUGGUCAUGUCUGCUCAAGGGCAGGCUGUCCAAAGCACAUCCACUACGGAGAUACAGCGUUGCACAGAGAAUGGCCUGGGCUUCACGUCGUUCAACAACACGUAUUGAGGAUCAGGCCUACUCUCUCCUCGGACUGUUCGACAUCUCCAUGCCUUAUCAUAGCUUUUUUGCGUCCCGACUGCAAUAUGUCGAUUUUCUCCCUCGCUCACCUUGGGAGUUCUCCGACUCUCAGUCCGUGGUUGUUAGUAGCUCGCCGCAGCUGCAGAGGCAUUAUACACCAGAGGAUCACUCGUACUCAUUUCAUCUGACCAACACUGGACUGCAGAUCACUCUGCCCAUUGUGCCUACCUUGGUUCCUAAUUUCGUAUUUGGCGUGCUUGAUUGCUGGGACAUUGAGACCACGAGUACAACGACAACGCGACAUGUAUCACGGAUAUGGAUACCACUCCUUAGGAAGGGAACUGGCGAGUCGCAGCGGUAUCUACGAUUGAUCUGGCCUCAAACAUUUUUCCCGGUGAAGAUGGCUCGGAAGGACAGCAUAAUGUUUCAGGAAGAGGAGGAACUUCUCCCCAGAGACGAUCAUGCAUCAGCUGAUUCAGAAGAACCGUCCGAUCACGUGGAUACAGUGUCGACAGCGAUGCAAAGAAGUAUUUUGGUAAAGAAACCAUAUGCGACUAUCCUCUCAGUCUCUACAUGGCAACCGCGUGAAGCAGGGAGUCCGUUUCUCCUCUGCUUUCCCCGAGGAACAGCAGAUUAUCGUCUAUACGGCAUCUUCCCCAGCGAUGAGUCUGAUACCGCGUGGGCAUCCGAGACACCGCCUGUACUGCCACUGAUAAUGCCACGCCGUAUUCACAGAGGUAGCCACCAGGUGCCCGAUAUCGAGCUGUUUGGAAGAGCCGAAACGGACAUUUACGCUGCAGUGGUUGUGUUCAAGAAGAAAAGAUCAAAACCUCCAAGAUUCGUUGCUAUUUUCCUGUCCAAUAUUGCGCAGCGGGAUAAAAAAAGGGAUGGUUUUCGAGCCUAG